AUGGCUGCCACAUUUGUGCCUUUUUCAACAUUUUGUGAUACGAGUUUUUGGAGCGAAGUAAAUCGACGAAAAUUGAAUGAUUGGAUGUUGGACGAAUCACCAAAACGCAUUUAUGGACAAUUCUCGAUUUGUUAGUGAUUCGAUUAGUUAUCGAAAAUGAAAUCUGAAAUAUAUUUCAGAUGAUAAAAUAGGUUCAAAUUGUCGACUGUCACUUAGCCACGAAUCAUUUUCUACCUCAAAAUCCUCUUAUCCUGGCUCAUUUCACUUGUACAAUACACUUGAUGGUUUCAAAGCUUCCGAUAAAGCUCAACUAUUGAAAAUUCACAGUCAACAAAUCUGGGAUUCUAUAAAAUCCGAAGCGUGGCUUGAAAAUCCUGAUUCUCUUUUCAAUUUUUUCACCAUCGCUUUUGCCGAUCUCAAAAAAUUCAAAUAUGUUUAUUGGACUUGCUCACCAGCUCUUUGCUAUCCAAAUAGCAUCGGACAAACUGUAAGUUAUCUGAACUUCAGAUUCUGAAGUCUGGGAGAAAAAUAAUGAUUUUUUUUUUCGAAACAGAUCUCAAAGUUCGAGGGAAAUGUUGAAAAAAUCAGCAAAUUCGAUGAGAAUAUCUUCAUUUACACUGCCGGAGAAUGUAAAAAUAUCAAAGAAUUGAAGAGUUUCGAUAAGUCAGAUGAUGUAUAUGUAAGUUUUGCUAACUCAAAAAGAAAAUCAUCGAAUUUCCUUAAAUUUUCCAGAUUGUAUUAGCCGAUCCUUCCCCAGUUUUGUCUUCUUUCGGUUGGCCUGUUCGAAACGUGUUAGCUGCUGUGGCAAUCACAAAACCUGAAUGGUCCUCAGCGAAUUUUAUCGCUCUUCGAGGAUCGCAAGAUUAUCAAGUGUUUCGAUAUACUUGGGAGCAUGGAAUAGCUCCAGAAGAUGUGCCGAAAUCAGUUGGUUGGGAGAGAAAUGCGCAGGAUAAGCUGUCGCCAUAUUCAGUGGAUUUGAGCAAACAAUUUGAUCCGAAAAAGUUGGUUUUGGAAAAAAUACACGUUUUCAAAAUAUUAUUUUCAUUUCAGACUCAUGGAGCAAAGUGUGAACUUGAAUCUUUCUUUAAUUAAAUGGCGUUUGGUGCCGGAUAUCAAGUUAGAAAGAUAUUCCAAUCUUCGAGUUCUAAUUUUCGGAGCUGGCACUCUUGGUUGCAAUCUCUCACGGGGAUUGAUGGCUUGGGGAGUGAAGAAGAUCUCAUUCAUCGAUAAUUCAACAGUCAGCUAUAGUAAUCCGGUUCGACAAUCGCUUUCCGAAUUCACUGACGCAAAAGAAGGACGUGGAAAAGCACAAGUGGCAGCGGAUGCGUUGAAACGAAUCUAUCCGUCGAUUGAAGCUGAAGCGUAUAAUUUAACAGUUCCGAUGCCUGGACAUACUGUAGAUUCAUCUGGAGAAGCGAAAUUGGCGGAAGAUGUUGAAUUGAUUGAGAAACUUGUUGUUGAACACGAUGUUUUGUUUUUGGCGUUGGAUAGUAGAGAAGCGAGAUGGUUGCCGACAUUGUUGGCUAAUCGACAUAAAAAGGUUGGUUUUGACUCGAAAAGUUUGAUGUCUUGAAACGUUCUUGUCGAAAACUUACUUACUUUGAUAGUCCAGGACCAGAUGUUUCCAGGAACUUCGGCUUCUAGCCACUUUCUUCCACUAUUAUUUCAUGAAUUCUGAUCCAAAAAUCGAUAAUUUCAAGAAAUUCAAAUACUAAAAAAUUUGAUUUAAAAACAAUUUUUAAUAAAAAUUUUGAAACCUAUUUUUUUGUUUUUGAAAUAUUAGAUUUUUGAGUCUAAAUUUUUCUCAAAGUCGCUGGAAUUGAUAGUUUGAGCUUUUUAAUGCAAAAAGCACGAAAUUUCAUGGGUUUUUUCCUAAAUACCUUCAAUUUUCGAAUUAAUAAAUUAAAUUAUUCUAGUUUUUCAGCUUAAAGGGGUUGUCCUGCUACAGAGAAACUUAGGUUCAUUCGAUAGAGCUAAGGUGCUCCUGAAACAUUCCAUAUUUUAUUUUGAUUUUAGAGCGAGUUUUCACCAUUUUAUUCAUAUUUUUGCUAGGUUUUAAGGUUUUAGUGCAUAUAAAAAACAUGUGUGCUCUUCACACACAUAAUUUAUUUGUGUGUAUUUCUCGCGAAACGUAUUUCCUAACAUUGUUCAACUAUGCAAAGUGAUUUUGAUCAACUUUAGGGUUGCUCAUAGUUAGUUUUAAAAAGUGACGCACUACUGCGGACUUGAUUUUCGACGUAGAAGGACAACCCCUUUAAAUUCUCUUUUCAGCAGUUUCGAGAUAGAUUUAGACUCAAAAUUCUUAUGUUUUGAAAACGUAAAAAAAAUACGUUUCAAAAUUUUUAUAUAAUUUAUUAUGAAAUGUUUUUCUUCAAUUGAAUUCAAUACUUCUUGAUUUCAAGAAUAUAUAUUAAAACCAAAACAUAAUUGGAAAAUUAUCUAUUUUUGGAUCAAAUUCAUGAAAAUUUAAACCCCUCCACGGGUAGAUUCCCCCAGGCAUUCGACGUAUGAACAAAUCACCGCCCGUUCCCAAUUCCCAACCCAAAACCUAUCUAAUUCUCCAGAUUGCCAUCAGUGUUGCACUCGGCUUCGACACCUACGUCAUCAUUCGACACGGCAUCGGCUUCUCCGAGCCAUCCAAUUCGCCUCGCACUUUUUGCGUGACGACCAAAGAAAAAGUACCGUACGCCCAUCUUUCCUGUUAUUUCUGCAGUGAUGUGACGGCGCCCGGAAAUUCGACGGCUGAUAGAACUUUGGAUCAACAGUGUACUGUAGGUGUUAUUUUUUUUUGGGGAAAUUUGAAAAUUUGUAGAUUUCAAAAAAUCGGGGGUAAAAAGUUUCGAAAAAGGUCCCACAAAAAUAAAAUUUCAGGUAUCUCGCCCUGGACUUUCAAUGAUUGCAUCUGGCCUAGCUGUCGAAGUACUCUCAUCAAUUCUACAGUACCCGGAUCCUCUGGAAGCGCCCGCAAUUUUGGGUGAUUUGGAAGAUGAAGAUCCAUCAAUCCUUGGCUCAAUACCACAUCAAAUUCGUGGAUUCAUCGGACGAUUCCAACAAAUGACACCGUGUGUAAAACGAUUCGAUCGAUGUGUUGCUUGUGGUCACGCAGUCGGUCAACAAUUCCAAGAAAAUGGCUGGAAAUUUGUGAGAAAUGUCAUGAAUUCGCCGACUCAUUUGGAAACUGUUACUGGAUUGGAUCAACUUCAACAUUCUGUGAAUGAUGUUGAGAUUGAUUUCAGUGAAGAUUCGGAUUAA